AUGCAGCGAGAACACGAGGUGAAUGUAGUGAAGGAGGAGGAGGAGGAGGAGGAGGAGGAGGAGGAACAGGUAGAGGCCCACGAGAGUUGGAGGCUGAAGCAGAGAGUGAACAAAGCUGUUUUGAACGGCUCCAUUUUCCGGCAGUUUGGCUCGGAGCUGAGCAUCAGCUGCAGCGCAGAGUCUUGCUGCCAUUCUGAAAAGACGUCGGCAGCAGGCUCCCUCAGGCGAACUGCAGAUAUUCUGGUGUAAUGGGCCUCCUCGUGGUCGGAGGUCUGCUGUCAAAGCUCUGAGCUGGAAACCCCCCAGAGCUGGAAAAAAGGUUUGAAGUCAAAAUGAAGAAUCAGAAAAAAGCAAAGCCACUCCCCUCUGGACUUUUUCUGCUGGUGAGUGUGAAAAAGAUGAAAUGCUGCACACUUUACCUCCUGUGCUGAUAGAGACGCCAAAAUACGGGAACAACGGCAAAACUCAACCCCCAACAAUACAUUUCCAUUUGAUCUGAGUAGUAAUUCAGGGGUUCGAAUGUUCAUUAUGCCAGAGGACAUUAGUUUUUUUCCGACCAGAGUAAAGUCAGUCCACAGCCCUGCAGGGGUCCUAACCUUCAGACUGAGCCCCUCAAUCGCCCCUUCUCCCUGCAGCUUAGCAAACAAGUCCCCAAAUUGUCCUCCCUUCUCCUCAGCAGGACCAAAUUAUGACUCCUGUUGGUGAGUAUUUAGGUUUCCAGCCUCUCCAGUGGGGUUCACGCUGCAGGGAAGGUGACCGAAUCUCUGCCUGAAGGAAAAAGAGACACUGAAAGUAAAUGAAAAGGGGUGAUUUCCAUUUUUUAUUUCCUCUCUGGAGUGGGGGGCACAUCUUUUGUCCUCUCUUUGUCCCCUCUGCUGAUCAGACACAGUGGAGUCAGAAGGAGCAGAUGCUAUGACUGAAACUUUGAAAGGAUGUUCCUUUAAAUGUAACUGUUUUGGGGGGUUUUUUGCCUUACAUUUUGAGAAUUUGGAAGAAAGUCCCUCCUCAGAUCCGGGUGGGGGGGCUUCCCAGGGAUCAGAAAUGGAAUCUAAAAAAAAAGCUGUUUUGAUCUUUUUCCUCUUUUAAGCAGCAGGACGUCUUCAGCCCAGAAGUGCGGAUGGAUGAGGAGCGUUAUCUCCAAGACCUUCUGAGUAUUGAAGGAAAAAAAAUCAUGCCCUCUCCACCUUCAUUAACUGAAUGCCUCUAAUUACAGAGUUUCUACAUGGCUGUUUGUCACUUCCUGAAAGUGUUUUUGUCAGUGUUGAGUCACCCGUUAUGGUUCAAAGACCCGCAGUUUUUGAGCUUUUAUCUACACACUUUCUGAGUUAUGGCCUCAGUUUUACUGACAUAAUUUCAACAUAGCUUCAAAUGGUCUGACGUAUCUGACUUAGUCGGGAAGAGAACUUUAAAGUUUGACUCAUUUUUUUAGUCUUGUGCAGAGAUUACUUUUAAAGAGGGGGAACCUUAGUGGAGCAUGUUCUCCCAGAAGCUUUAAGUGAAUAUUAUUCAUUCUUUUCUUUUUCGGUCAAAUGUUAAAUUUACAUUUUGCGUGUUAUUAUUUCCCGAAGUCUCCUUUGGUCCAAUACAUAACUGAGAGAAACAAAACAAAAUGCAAUGCUAAAAAUGCAACCGCUUGCUUGUCCAUUAAAAGUUUAAUUAGACGUCUUUCAACAUGAAUCAAAUCUAGUCAUUUAUUCCAAACCUGAAUAUUUUGUUUAAUUUUACACACAAAAAAACACACUAGGAAAUCAGAAAAAUAAGAUAAUGAAUUUUCCAAACAUUAAAUUGGAACAUCAAAAUCUUUAAGGAAAAAGAAAUCAUAUUUGUUCAUUUUCACCAUUAAUAGCUUCUGCUGAGUAGUUGUUUUAUAUUAUUUCUAUAUCACAAUCAGAGACCGGCUGGAUUUGACAAAAAUAACCCUAAAGUUUUCUCCUUUUUGAUAAAAGUCCAAAUCCAAAUUGUAAAAAUCAUCUUGGACAUAUGUUUUUAUCACAGCUGUACACACUCGCUUUAAAUUAGAUUUUUAUUUUAAUUGGAAUACAUUUCUAUGGGAAGAGUUCAAAUUUCUAUGAAACAGUUGUAAAGUUUCUUUCCAAUUUGUCUUAAAAGAUAUUAUCUGACGGCUGUGACUAGUCGAGCUUGAUCUUCUCAUCGAAUCUGAUUUCAAAGUUUCCUCAGAAAACACGUAUGUCUGUGAAUUUAAGUAAUCCUUUUUAUUUUGUACAAGGGAUAUAAAACCUGUUUUGUUUGUACACAUUUCUUUCUACUUAUUUGCUUGUGUUUAUCCAUUUCUUUGGAUGCCAUCCUCUGUUCGUGAAUUGUCAGUUAUGAGUAGGGAUGGAAAUACAAGCAUAUGUUCAAGUAUUUUAAUUGAAGACUAACAAUCAUUAGCAAAGGGUACAGUCUUCACUGCCUCUGUUUUUACAUGCAUGUCCUAGAUGCACACGUGUAUAUACAGAGCUCACGUCUGCACACACACAAAUGCUGACUGUCCAACACUCCCAGCAACACACUGCCAAACUCCUUCCCUUUCUUCUCCCCUCCCUUCCAUCUCUCUUUCCAUACUGUCCCAUCAUACCUCUCUCACCCUCCUACACUUACCCCCUCUUCGGUCAGUUUCCUUUUUUUUUCUUAUUUUUAUCUCAGUUAGCUUUGCUACCUUGACAGGUGAAAUACAUUUGUGUUGCUAAAGCUUAUAAAGAAGUAAAAUGGAGAUAAAAGAAGAAAAAUAAUUCUCCCUCAAAGACGUCUCACGGUCUUAUCUCUUCACUUUCUCUUGCACUCGUCUCCCCUUGAAAGAGCUAAAACUCAUUACUCGGCUGUCAGCUGCUGCAGGAGGGAAAAAAAUCUGUGCAGCAGCUUUUAUUUAAGUUGCUGUAAUGUGCUUUAAGGCCGUGGACACCUGUGUUAUAUGUCUUGUUGCUCUUUGGGGAUGGACAGAUUCUUGCAGCUACAUUGUGGGGAUACAGACCCUUUUCUAUGCUUUUUUUUUUUACUUUGUUCAGUUUGAGUCUUUAGGUAGCUUAUCUAGUGACCGGCUUUGGGUGACCGAAUUGUGCGGUUACAAAGACGUUCAUACACUUUGUUGGGAAUGGGUGUGCAGACUGCCAUUAUUGGAAUAGAGGCCUUCAAAAACUUUGCAUUCAGGUUGAAUUUUUUAUUCAGGUGGUUUAUCUCUUAUUGGAGCUCAGCAGCAAGUAAAUAAUUGUGAAAGAUGGGGGGUGACAAGAAAAAUAAACUAAGAAGGUAUCUAUGCAUUAAAGCAUACUCCAGUUUGUGUCAAAAACAUUUCACGUUUUAAUUAUAUGUUUGUUUAUUCACACCCAGUGCAGGACACCUAGUUGGCUUCAUUUUUUUUAGCACAGAUUCACAGAAAAUCCACACAUUCAUCUUUGAAUGUAGGUGGUGCAACACAGAGGUCUCUCUUUUUUUUUAAAUCCAUGUCCACCUCUUUAAAUCUAAAAAAAAAUGCAUGAACAUGUUGUGAAAAUAUCCACGACAAAGGUAAGAAACAUAGAGAAAAAGGAACAAAGCUUUUUUGGGGGCUUGAGUUUUUUACUAAGCCACUCAUUCUUUUUGUUCAUUACUUUUUUCAGGUUCAUUUUUUGCUCACGGCUGCUGCCAUGUCAAGUAUCGUUCUGCCUCUUUCUGUUAAUAUUUUUGGCCAUGCUGCUUCGGAAGCACCUUUAGGUUUUUCUUAUAAGGCUACUGUUUUAUCCUAUGGUCCCUUUAUUCUUCCACAUUUUUUUCCACCAUGACUCCUGACACAAAGUGAAUGUAGAUACAAAAGGACUUGACAAAGAGUCCGAACAUAAUUAUAAAUGGAUCAAAACUUGACAAAAAGUUACAAAUUGCUCCGGAUAAAACACACUCAGAAUACUCACAAUGAUUAAACAUUUAUGUUUAUAAUAUGUUUAUGUAUUUAGCAGACAAUUUUAUCCAAAGCAACUUACAAAGUAGACACAAUGUUACAGUUAUCAUCACUUUGACUAUAAGUUUUACAGAGGAAAAUCCCUGGUCAGAAUCAAUGGUGACAGCAAAGGGAUAGAGGGAAGUGGUAGAGGGGGUAUAGAGGUAUCGGAAGGCGUUAUUUCUAUGAAGAGACUACAAAUGACCAUUAAAAGACAAAAGGCAACAAGAGAUAAUGAACAAUAAAGUAAUGUUGAAAGAUAAAAUACAGCUGUAUUCAGACAGUUACUGAAUAGAUACUUGAAAUAUCUCAGGUAGACAUGAAUGGCCUUGAGAUUAAAUUGCUACAAACACAAAAUUAUCACAAAGACACAUUAUAAAUACAGGAAAAUACAAAAUAACUAUAAAAACAUUUUUUUUUGUAUAAGCCGCUUUUUUAUUUAAAGAAUGACCAUUUGCUUACUUUUUCCAUACAAAGCACAAAACGGCUGAUAUAAUUUCACAGAUGGUUUGAAAGCCAUGAGGAACUGACAGAUGGUUUGGACGUACACUUUUCCAGCACAGAACUGAUGAUUUAUGAUUCAAGCUCUCAAAAGUUUGUCUCUGAGCCCUUUAAUUCUGUCAUCUGCCUUUUAGCUAUCUUUAUCUAGCUUUUCCUUUUCAUCCUUUCUUCCAUUCACACCCUCAUCUCUCUUCUUCCUCAACAUUGCAUCCUUUCUCUGGUUGCUUAUCCUCCUCUUCCUCCUUGCCUUACUCUAAGUCUGUUUACACAGGAUAAGCAACUCAAGCGGCACUCUCCGUGCUAUUUUUUACCCUUUAAGGGAGCUGGAACUGAAUUUCUGUUUCUGGUGGCCAUUUGUUUCUAACAGGAGUGUAUUUAUGUAAAACGUUGAGAAUGGCCACAGCUCAGAUUCAUUUUUCCCCCAAGCUACUGGUUCACUCACAGAAUUAGUUUUUUACAUUUUACCUGAGGGAAAAAUCCACCCAGAGACAUAAAUGUAUUAUUACUGAGCCAAGUGGACACAGGCUAACAACCCUGAAGUGUCAGCACAUCCGAGGCCUAAAGGACUAAAAACGGCAGAAAUCACUGCAAAGUAAAGCAAAACAAUUACGAAAAGCUUAUUACAUCGUAGAAAGAGGCUAAAUAACCAGGAUAGACUCAGAUCAACUGAACAGUGAGACAAAAACAGCCAUAAACGAAUGGAAAAACCACAAAAAGUAAAGAAAGCUUUUAUUUCAAAACACUGUUCAUUGGGAUAAUUGUAAUACAAAAUAUAAUCAGAGUAUGCUUUUUAAAACAUACUAGAUAGGUUUUAAAAUGGUUGAUUUUUCCUGAAAGUACCUUGCUGUCCUGGAAACGUUUCUGCCUUGAAACUGUGAAGUCUUGUAAAUGCAUUUAUCUUUUUUAUGAAUCAACUAUGAACUGUUUUCUGCGUUUUGUUGUUUUUUCUGUGUUGUGGCUAUAAAAAGGUGUCACACAAGACAAACAAACAUUGGUGUAAUUUCCACGCUGAGUGUGUUUGGGAUUUUGUAUAAAUUGCAUAUCCUUCUCUUCAGUAUGUCUUUAUCUGGUGGCAAAGGUGAAGUCCUUUCUUGAGUGGCAUCAACAAAAUCUACAAUGUUCAUUGGUUUUAACACUGUAUACUGUUGUAUUGUUGUAUAUCAAAGUUUCUAGUUUUUAUAAAAUUUAAAGUAGCUGCUUCAUGGAAAUGUGAGCUUUUUUUCUUUCUAAGAAAAAAGCAAAUAGUUCUUGAUGCACAGGUCAAAAGAAAUAUGAACACCACUGAAAUCUAAAAUCCAAACUGAAACGAUUCAAUUGAAAUAAGUUUUGAGAUCUGUGUCUGGAUUUCUCAAAUAUUUAGGUUUGAACUCAUGAAAACAGCGCGCAUUGUACAGACAUUUAAACGCAAAUAGCUUUUUAUAAGUUGUUAGGCCAAUUGGAAAUGUUAAAUCCUAAAGGAAAAUAAUGUUGUGGGGAAUUGAAGACAGUGUUACUGAACAUCUCAGCCUCAUUGAGUGUUACAGGUACGUUGGUUUACAGAACAAAAUGUUCCAGUAAUACAAUAAAGACUCAAACACCCACACUCUGGACUCCCGUUUUUGGUCAUAAAUGUGAUGUGGCACAACCACAAUCUUGGGUUUUAAAGGAGGCAGGUUGUUAUGGAGAGACGAUGACAUAAUAGAGAACCAAAAUAAGGCACUAUCUGACACAUUCACAUCCAAAAACAGCUAUUCAUUUAAAAAAAAAAAAAACACCUCUCUCUUUCUGACCUGUCAUGUAAAACUGUGGCAUUUUGGAUCUGUGGAUGAACAUAAAUGAGAUUAGUUUUUUUAUGAGACUGAUCUGUGAUGAAGCGUGUUUUCUUUUGAUAUGUGCUUCAACGCUGAACCCCAAAAUUUGUCAUAGUAAAAAAAAAAAAAGUUACAACACUGUAGUAACAAGAACUGCAGAUCGAUGCAAAUUAAACCUGUGCUGGCUGAACAAAAUAUGAAAAUUCAACAAUCUCGAACUGCAUGAUUGGCAAAAAGUCUAUAUGUUGAUAUCAAGACACAUUUCAGUGGUUCUGACAUAUUUGCUUGCAUAAAUGUGCAAUGCAGUGAUCUCUCAGCUAUGUUUCUAUCUGCUCUUUUUUUAACAGUGCAGGUGAUGUGAAGAUUGUGUGUAUCAGUGUGUGAACAGAGCUCCUCUACGUUUUCUUAAUAGUUGGAAGUUGUAUGACUACGUUUAUCUUCCUGCCUUCUGUCUGAGCUCAUUUUUUGAUGCUGCACUCCUGUUUUGUAAAUAAAUCAAACUUCCUGUUGGAACUAAUUUGAUUGUCUAUGAAAUUCUUCUGUUUUUUUCUUUUGUUUUUGGUUGAUUUAUCUUUUUACGUU